AUGACAGAUACGGAACAAACUCUUACCGCCACCUUGGCAACUGAUGCUCCUGCUGGGAAACAAACUGUCGACCCAUACAAUGUCGCUGGAGAGAUUGGCGCAGAUGGAAUCGCAAAAGCUAUUAAUUACUUGACUUUGAUCGAUGAGUUUGGUACCAAGAAAAUCGAGGAGGCGGAUUUAAAGAGGUUUGAGGAAGUAACGGGUCAUAAACCUCAUCGGUUCAUGAGGAGAGGAAUCGUGUUUAGUCAUCGCGAUCUAAAUCUUAUGCUGGAUCGUCACGAGAGGGGAGAACCGUUUUUCUUGUAUACAGGACGGGGGCCAAGUAGUGAUAGUAUGCAUAUUGGACAUACCGUUCCCUUUCAGUUUACAAAAUGGUUACAAGAUGUAUUCGAUGUUCCGUUGAUCAUCAUGCUCACGGAUGAUGAGAAAUAUAUCUUUUCCGAGAAACGUACGAUAGAGGAAGUGCAAAGCUACACCGAUAGUAAUGCGAAGGAUAUCAUUGCUGUUGGAUUCGACCCAAAGAAGACAUUCAUGUUUAGCGAUUAUGACUAUAUGGGAGGAGCAUUCUACAAAAACAUUACUCGAAUCUCCAAGCACGUUACAUUGAACGUUGCACGAGCUGUCUUUGGUUUCAACGAGAGUUCCUGCAUAGGUAAAAUCCACUUUGGAGCCGUGCAAGGCGCCACCUCCUUCGCCAAUUCCUUCCCCCACAUCUUCGGUACCGACGAAUCCAAAACCACCCAAAUCCCCUCCCUAAUCCCCUGUGCCAUCGAUCAAGACCCUUAUUUCCGCAUGACCCGUGACGUAGCCGCACGUCUCCAUUUCGCCAAACCCGCGCUCAUCCACUCGCGUUUCCUGGACGCUCUCCAAGGACCCGGUUCCAAAAUGAGCGCUUCAGUCGAUACCUCCGCCAUCUUCAUGUACGACGAUCCAAACAAGAUCAAGAACAAAAUCAACAAAUAUGCGUUUAGCGGUGGACAAGUUACCGAACAGGAACAGAGGGAGAAGGGUGGUGACACGGAAAAAGAUGUGGCGUAUCAGUAUUUGACAUUUUUCCUAGAAGAUGACGAGGAAUUAGAAAAUAUAAAAAAUGCGUAUAGAUCUGGGGAGAUGCUCACUGGAGAAUUAAAAGCAAGAUGUAUUAGAGAGUUGCAAGUAUAUGUGAAAGGGUUCCAGGAGAGGAGGGCAAAGGUCACGGAUGAGAUUGUGGCGGAUUUUAUGGCGAGGAAGGAGUUGAUUUGGGGCGGGAAUCCAAAUGCUAAGAAAGUAGUUGUGGAUGCUGAAGUUACAGUGGGGGAAACUUCAGUAGAGGGAGCGGGAGACGGCAAGUUAACGAAGAAUCAAGAGAAGAAAUUGGCCAAGUUGAAGGCGAUUGAGGAGAAGAAGAAGGCGGCGGCUGCUAAGACAUCGGGUGGGUCAUAG